AUGACUCAAUACGGCAUGUGCAUGCUGGUUUUUCUGUUCUGCAUUUUCUCGAAGCAGAAAGCGGGGGAAGCUAACCGAAAUCCGCUCAGCGGCGACUACAAAUCCUGUAGGGUGACCGACUUCCUGCGGACAGAAGACAUGGACGGAAACCAUGGCAAGAAAUCGUUUUACGGUUACGUCUGCACACAAGCCAUUCUCGUGUACCGGGCGCGUAACUAG